CCCAUCACAGUCCAAGAGUCCAAGAGUCUGUAAAUGUAGAUGAUGCAAAUACUGGAAAAAUACCAGAACAACAAGAUGAUGCGCAACUGUCCACAUCAUCACACUCUGUCUACCUUGAGAAGACUAUUGACACAGAAAGAUCAAAUGACGACGAAGAAGAAGAAGAAGAAAGAGAGGAACUGGAGCAGGAGGAACAAUCUACUUCUUUGGCAAUACUGGAUUUGUCUGAUCCAGCUAAUUGGCCAGCUGUUCUCACCACCUCACUUGUCAGGAAAGGUCCUGCAAAGCAAAAAAAUAAUUUCAUUUUCCCCAAAGAUGAAGUGAAUAGACGUUUCACUAAAGCAAAUUACAAGCGACGGCUGCCAAACGGAGAAGAAACCUUUAGAAACUGGUUGGUUUAUUCUGUCAAAUUGAACAAAGUAUUUUGUUUUUGUUGUAAGCUAUUUGCAACUAAAGUCACUACAAGUUUGACACGUGGAGGUUAUGAUGACUGGAAAAACUUAUCUCAAAAUCUUUCCAUUCAUGAAAAGUCUAACUCUCAUCUUGUCGCUGUAAGAGACUGGAAUGAACUCUCGAGAAGAUUUGGUUGUGGAAAAACGAUAGAUGCAGCUUCCCAGAGAUUGUUGGCAACUGAAACACAUUGGCAAGAUGUUAAGCGCCUUAUAGGCAUAGUAAAAUAUCUUGGUCGCCAGUGCUUGGCUUUCCGAGGCAGCAGAGAUACGUUAUACAGUGAAAAUAAUGGGAAUUAUCUGCAACUUCGACACCAUUAUGCAGGAACAUCUGAAAAUACAUUUUCCAACAUUAUUUACGGAAAGACAUUCAAAACGAACUCAUCAGCCUUAUAG